CCAGAUUAGAUAUUCGACUAUUCAUAAAUACUACAUACUAUAAUACUCAUCAUAGUGAUUUCAUACUGACCGUAGAUUUUCAUAUGACGUGUUUUUUUUUUCAAUUUAAAACUUUUCGAUCGUGAGUAACUACUACAAGAAGCAGAAAUGCUCGAAUCAUUCCACUUACCAUUUUUUAAAUUAUCUAGUCGGUCUUCAAAUGAUACCAAAACAAUGACUACAAAAACUAAAAAAAAGAGCAAAUUUAUGGCUUACUUUUGGUGGCUAUUCGGUGGUAUCUCAGGUUUCCAUCAUUUCUACCUGGGUCGUGAUUUACACGGAUUUCUGUGGUGGGCCACCCUCGGAGGAUACUUCGGACUAGGAUGGAUCGCCGAUCUGUUCUAUAUCGGUGAAUAUGUGGCCGAGGCAAACGACGAACCGGAAUUCAUCAAGAAGAUGAAAGAAAUAAAGAAGAAAAAUGAAAAACCUCCGUUUUCUACAUUCAGAUUUACUGGAAUGAUUUUAUUAGCGUAUUUUUGGAGUUCAGUUUUCCAAUUGGGGAUACCGGAAGAAGAAUUUUAUGAUAUUAAUUGGAAAGUUUUAUACAUCUUGACGCCUAUUCCUUGCACUUUGGGUAUAUGGGUUGUUGGAAACGUUGGCCAGCAAAAAGGUGGAAUAUGGACACCUUUAUUAACCGCUUAUUUGACCCUACCUUUGAACUAUGUCAUGGAUGAAUCAACAGCUUACACAAUUAUGGUCCUAGCUGCAGCUUACACCUUUGACUCGUUUGAAAAACAAUGGAAACCAAAAACCAAAACCCAAUCUAGAGGACGUUGCAAGAGAAUUGUACUCAUACUUGGAGCUUACCUGAUAUUUUGUUCAUUUUGGGGAAGUUAUAUAUAUUUCAACGCCACAGUGACUGAUCAAAAUGGUGAUGAAAUUCCAGUCAGAGAAGCCCUGUAUCACUUUUUAAAAUCUCCAUGGUGGACAGAUUUGAAGCAGUCUAUUCUAGAUGUCAAAAAUUAUAUUGAAGCACAUGGCUGGGUUGCAGCUUGGAAGCUUAUGGUUGAAAUGUCCGAUACGAAUGGCGAAAAUAAUGCAUAUAAGGUUCUUGAGCUGACCUCGAGUGCAUCACAGAGUGAAAUCAAUGAAAAAUGCAAAUAUUUAUCAAAAACACACCAUCCAGAUAAAUUCACAGAUGUAGAAGAGAAACGAAAAGCUCAAGAGAGGUUCUUUGAAAUUCAACAAGCUUGCGAAGUGCUCAGCAGUAAACGAGCUAAACGAAGGCGUAAAAAUAAAAAAUUUGAAGAAAGUGAACUUUGAACAAAAAAUUACUCCAGGUUUUAGUGUACUGACUGUGAUUCUGAUCUGAGAAUAGUGAUUUAGCUACAUAUGUACUCGUAAUGCUUCCCUCCAUUAGUUUUAAAUGAUUCCUUUUCCCAAGAUUAUGGGAAUGUGUAUAUUUUUGUAGAGAUGCGUACGUCGUACGUACUUAUUAUGUGAAAUAUGUAAACUUUCAUUCCAUUCUAAGGAGCUGUGUAUCAUUUUUUUUUCUCAAGUUAUGAUGAGGUGCUCAUUGUUAGAUACUAAUUUUUUUUUGUUAAUAUGUACUUUUUAUUAAUUUGGAAUAAUUUUUUUUAUAAGGUUGGUAAUAUUUCAUUUUCUUUUUUGUUGCAUUUUUUUUUUUUAGGUAACGUAUGACGUGCCUAUGACGCGAUGACGUGCCUUAAAAUAUUAACACUUUCCUUGUGACCCUGUGCAAUAGUUUACUGCCAAAUAAUUUUUUUUUAAUGUUGUACCUAUACUCAAUUAUUUUAUUGUAUGUAUUGCAAAUUUAAUACUAGCAUGCCUGCAAUCAGUUUUAAUUUAUGUUAUCAUUUAAUAAAAAAUUAAGACGUUUUCUGA